AACCAAUUAGAAUCCAGUAUGUUGUAAGAAGUGUUCAAGCUGUCCUAUGAUUGGCUGAGCUGAGAGCGAGGCGUAGCUAGAUCAGACUCCCGGUGUUGUCCAUCCUUCCUUCAACACUGCUGUAGCGGCGAAGCUGCACGUGUACUGCACAUCCAGCAUCAUGAGACACGUAGCUGCCUACCUGUUGGCUGCCAUGGGCACUGGCCAACCUAAUGCUGCCUCCAUCAAGGCCAUCCUUGGCAGUGUAGGAGUGGAGGCUGAUGAGAAACAGCUUACUGUCCUUUUGGAUAAAUUGUCAGGAAAGAACCUUGCCCAACUCAUUCAAGAUGGUUCUGCCUUAAUCUCCUCCAUGCCUGCAUGUGGUGGUGGAGUUGCUGCUCCAGUAGAAGGAGCUGUUGCUGCCCCUGCUGCUGAAGAGAAGAAAGAGGAGAAAAAGGAAGAACCAGAAGAGGAAUCUGAUGAUGAUAUGGGCUUUGGUCUCUUUGAUUAAAUAAAAUAUAAUAAAAUAUA